AUGGCCGCCCCAAAGGCCAAGACGAAGCCGACGCCCUCGGACUACCAGAAGAUAGCAGCUCAAUUCGAGGCGGCAAAGCGCGUCAAGGCGAUGGAAGAUGCCGCCGCCAAGAUCAUCAGUGGAGAGAAGGAACGCGCCAGCGCCUCCGCCGCCCAGCGCGAAGCUCUCGAGGCCCGUCGCAAGUCUGCCUUCGAGCGUCGCUGGCUGUGGACCUCGGCCUUUUGGCUCUGGAUGCUGUGUGUUCACGCGGCCGGCCUAGUCUUCUUCACAUCGGGCUUCCUCCUGACGCGCCUCGUGCUCGACGAGAAGUCCAGCUGUGCUGCGCCGCCCCUCCAAGACCCCAGCCUGUCUGGGCUCGGCACGGUCGAGAGUGGCUGCUGGCACCCCAAGACCUUCGACCGCGCCGUGGUGGUCCUCAUUGACGCCCUACGCUACGACUUCACCGUUCCCGUGGCCGACAAUGCCGAGUUUCACAAUGCGUUCCCCUUCCUCUACGAGACUGCGGUCGCCCAUCCCGAGCGCGCCUUCCUGCGUCCCUUCAUCGCCGACCCGCCCACCACGACACUGCAGCGGCUGCAAGGUCUGACGACGGGGACCCUGCCGACGUUCUUCGAUAUGAGCAGCAACUUUGCUGGAACAGAGAUCGAAGAAGACAACCUGCUGUUUCAGCUGCGGAGCGCGGGCAAGAAGAUUGUACACUUGGGCGACGAUACCUGGACGGCGCUGUUCCCAGACUACUUCGAGGCCAACAUCAGCAGAGCCUACGACAGCUUCAAUGUCUGGGAUCUGCAUACUGUCGACAAUGGUGUACUAGAACACAUCUUUCCCCUCAUGGAGCCCGGGCGAAGCAACGAGUGGGAUGUACUGAUCGGCCACUGCCUGGGCGUGGACCAUGCCGGCCACCGAUACGGGCCUGCGCAUCCCGCCAUGACGGAGAAGCUGCAGCAGAUGGACGGCUUUAUUCGCAAGCUGGCCGCUACUAUCGACGACAAGACCCUGCUCAUCGUCAUGGGCGACCACGGGAUGGACAGCAAAGGCGACCACGGCGGUGAGAGCGACGAUGAGAUCGAGGCCGCCCUGUGGAUGUAUUCGUCCCGGCCCGCUUUUGGCCGUACCAAACCCGAGUUCGCUACCCCCCCGGCCACGGCCAAAACGCGCCGCGUGAACCAGAUUGACCUUGUCCCAACCUUUGCGUUCCUGCUGGGCAUUCCCAUCCCCUUCAACUCGCUGGGCUGGCCCAUCGAAGAGGCAUUCACCGGCAAGAGUGGUGUGUCGUGGAGCAAUCUGGCUGCCGUCUCGAGGAUGACGGCUGCGGGGAUCAAGCGGUACCAGGCAUCCUACUUUGCUGCCCGUGGUAUAGAGCAGGCUGCUGGGCCGGGAUCUCCAGCUGAGCUAUACGCCCAAGCUGAGCAGUCUUACAUGGUCAACGCCAAGAAGCAGGCUCAGGAAGCAGCCUACAGAGCGUACACCAAGUACCAGGAGGAGACGUUGAGCAUCUGCAAGGAUCUCUGGGCCAGAUUCGACAUUCCCAGCAUGAUUCUGGGCAUCGCCAUCAUGGCCUUUGGCGUGGCGGUCCUUCUUAUUUACAUCUCCACCGACGAGGAGGAUGACAUGGCUGUCCUUGAAGAUACCGAGCUUGAGCUCGCCGAAAAGAAGCUGGAGCUUGAAGGCGCAUCCGUCGAUAUGACCCUGGCUUCUCACCUAACUCUCCACCGAGACCUGGUUCGAGCGGCAAUUGUUGGCGCCGUGCCAGCCUUCGCCGCCGGGGCAGCGACAUCGUCCUUGGUAGAACUCCCAUGGUGGUACGCAGGCGUCAGUCUCGCUGUGUUGGCAAGUCUGGUCACUGUCACAAUUGCGCUCUUCGGCAUGGGCAAGCGCAUCGUCAAUUUGUUCCCUACGACUGUCUGGGGAUGGCUGGCCGUCGUGUUCACAGUGAGCCAGUCUGUCGGCUUUGCCUCCAACUCCUUCACUAUCUGGGAGGACAGCAUCCUACUCUUCUUCCUGGGCUCUUUUGGUCUCGUCUCGGCCAUCUCCGCGUUCCGCCUCCCCAAAGUCGGGGACCGAGCGCUGGCCGUCUACCACUCAGUCCUCUUCGCCGUCCUCGGCCGGCUCGCCUCCUUUUCCAAGCUGUGCCGCGAGGAGCAGAUGCCCUACUGCACAUCGACCUACUACGCCUCGGCCACGUCCUCCACCUCGGCGCCGUGGCAGCUCGUCAUCCCUGUCGUGGUCUUCCUCGCCCUCCCGUCCAUCAUCAAGGCGUACUACCAGACCAGCAAGUCGUACGACGGCCUCGCGCCCGCCUGGAUCGGCUACGUCUUCCGCACGGUGCUCUUCAUGUCCGCCGGGUACUGGUUCCUCGACGCGGCGGACAACAGCAAGUGGUUCUCCUCGGCCGUCCCCGAGGGCACGCUCAAGACGGUCUCGGUGUACGUCGCGCAGGUCGUGCUCGCCCUGGCCGUGGUCGCCGGCAGCACGGCCUUCGCCUGGGCCCCGCCCUGCGUCUCGAUCCACUCCUUCGCCGCGCCCGGCUCCAACCGCGCCCAGGUCACGGUGCUGGGCUACGGCAACGCCCACGGCGCGCGCUACCUGCUCCUGCUCGUCAACGUCCUCGCGGCGUGCCUCCUGCUCACCAAGCCCGUCGGCAGCGGCGCCCUCGCCCUCGAGCUCUGGCAGGUGCUCUCCCUCGCCGAGCUGCUCGACCUGCUCUCCCUCAGCGGCGAGGCCGUCGGCCCCGUCGUGCUCGCCCUGCUGGCCAACUACUACUACUUCAAGACGGGCCACCAGGCCACCAUGGCCAGCAUCCAGUGGGACAGCGCCUUCGUCCCGCUCUUCACCAUCCGCUACCCCUGGAGCCCGCUCGUCGUCGUCCUCAACACCUUCGCCGGCCAGAUCGUCGCCGCCGUCGCCGUGCCCCUCCUCGUGCUGUGGAAGGUCGGCCCCAAGCGCAGGGGGCUGCUCGAGGCCGCGAGCCGCGCCCUGGCCGCCUUCGUCGCCUACUUCGCCGUCGAGUCGCUGGCCACCAUGUGCUGGGCCGGCCACCUGCGGCGCCACCUCAUGCUCUACCGCGUCUUCAGCCCGCGCUUCAUGAUGGCGGGCGCCGUGCUCCUGCUCGUCGACGUGGUUGCGCUCGCCGUCGCGCUGACGGGCCUGCGGUCGAACACGCAGUCUGUCAGCGAGGUGUUUGGGUGGGCGGAGUAA